CAGGCUUUCCCCAGCUCAGGAUGCUCAGUGCGCAGAGGAAACACUGCAGACAUCAUGGAUGGAUACUUUUCAAAAUAAGAUCCUCCUCCAUGCCAUCGGUUUGUGUCUGACCUGAAACGGACGAUGCUUUUAUUUGUGAGGCACGUGUUUUUUUGCCGGAACCCACAUUUGGCACGUUCAUGCGUAACUUGAUGCAUCUUUACAUGACAACGUUUAGAGGCUGGUCCACGCGUCGCACGCUGGUCACACACUGUCACUUGAGUGUGUGUGUAUUUUACUGCAUGAGCUGCUACGCACUUGGACACAUCCAGAGACAUGAUGUGACAUUCAGCCGCGCGUAAUUUACGCAUUUGGAGAGCGGUGCGCACUGUAAACGCGCCGUUGUGUCUCGGUGAUCUGGCUGUUUUGUUGGACGCCUGAUGCUGUUGGGGUGAGUCCAGGGAUGCUGCGGCUUGUCUGGCUGCCGGAGUGCCGCCGCGCAACGUGGGGCUGCGCCCUCCACAGCUGCUGAACGGCGGAGGCGCGCGGAUCGUUUUGCUGCGAACAUGAUUUGACUCAUCAUCAGGGGAAUCACCCGCCAUGCAUCACUCAGGGGACAUCUGAGCGUCUCCUGCGGUGGUAUCGCUCGCUGCUGGGGCUGUGGGGGUGCAUGUUCUUCCUCUCUCCCAGCCUGCAAGAUGGGGAACAGUUUCUCCAAUUUGGCUGCCUUCCAGUCCCUGCACAUAGUCAUGCUCGGGCUGGACUCCGCAGGUAAAACCACUGUGCUGUACCGGCUGAAAUUCAACGAGUUCGUCAACACGGUGCCCACCAUCGGCUUCAACACGGAGAGGAUCCGGCUGGGGGGCGCGGGGGCCUCCAGGGGCAUCAGCUGCCACUUCUGGGACGUCGGGGGCCAGGAGAAGCUGCGGCCCCUGUGGAAGCCCUACAGCCGCUGCACGGACGGCAUCGUGUACGUGGUGGACUCCGUAGACGCCGAGAGGCUGGAGGAGGCCCGGACUGAGCUGCACAAGAUCACCCGGUUCUCGGAGAACCAGGGGACCCCGCUGCUGGUCAUCGCCAACAAGCAGGACCUGCCCCGGGCGCUGGAUGUCGGGGAGAUCGAGAGGCAGCUGGCCCUGGCCGAGCUGAGCCCCUCCACCCCGUACCACGUCCAGCCGGCCUGCGCCAUCAUAGGAGAGGGUCUGGAUGAGGGCAUGGACAAACUGUAUGAGAUGAUAGUGAAGAGGAGGAAGUCACUGAAGCAGAAGAAGAAGAGGCAGUGAUGGCACGUUGGAUGAUUGAUAGAGGGGGGAUCUAAUUAAUCCUUACUAUUGAAAUAUUAUAGGAUGGAUUCUAGUCAUAUUUUUAAAGUGAUAGAAUACGUAGCAGAUAAAAAAAACACCUUGAAGCAUAAAUAUCAUUAUUAUGACUUGCAGAAACAGUUCAAGUCUCCAUGUAUGAUGGAAAACAUAAAUAUAUAGUGAUGCCACAUGAGCAGUAUGAACUCAUCCACAUGCUCAGAGGGGCACAGCUUA